AGACUCACAAAAGUAAUUCCAUGGCCAUUCAAUAGAGCGCGCCGCAUCCUAUCAGAAUAUUCAGAAUUUCAGAAUCGUAAAAAAAGUGAAAAACCUCUCGAAAAAUCUGUUUUGAAUUUUGAAAUGACAUGACCGAGUCAAUUUGAAUGAGUUACCAAUGAAUUCUCCAGCGAUUGGAAUCGAUUUGGGUACAACGUACUCGUGUGUUGGAGUUUUCCAACACGGUCAAGUCGAAAUUAUCGCCAACGACCAAGGCGAUAGAACUACGCCCAGCUGCGUCGCUUUUACCGAUAUUGAGACCUUCAUUGGAGAAGCUGCGAAAAGUCAAUCUACGAGGAAUGUAGAUAAUACCAUCUUCCAUGUCAAGAGAUUAAUGGGACGUAAAUUUGAAGAUGAUACAGUCCAGGCUGACAUGAAAAAAUGGCCUUUCAACGUAAUUGAUGAUCAUAACAAACCAAAAAUUGAAGUUACGGUCCGAGGUGCUACUGAGACCUACUAUGCGGAAGAAAUAUCCUCAAUGGUUUUGGGAAAAAUGAAAGAUAUAGCUGAAGCAUAUCUUGGUAAAACUGUCAAGAAUGCUGUAAUUACUGUACCUGCGUAUUUUAACGAUUCUCAAAGAGCGGCUACCAUAGAUGCUGCAAAAAUCGCAGGUUUAAACGUAUUGCGUAUCAUUAAUGAACCUACAGCUGCUGCCAUCGCCUACGGUUUAGACAAGAAAGAUUCCAGGGCGCAUAAGGUAUUGAUUUUUGAUCUAGGCGGCGGAACUUUCGAUGUUUCCAUUUUGACCAUUCAAAACAGUGUUUUUGAAGUGAAUUCAACCGCCGGUAAUACUCACUUGGGCGGAGAAGAUUUCGACAGCCAAAUGGUCAAUCAUUUCGUUCAAGAAUUCAAACAAAAAUACAAGAAAGAUCUUACUCGUGACAAAAGAGCUGUAGGCCGUUUGCGAGUAGCAUGUGAACGAGCAAAAAGAAUCUUAUCGUCAACUACUGCGGUCAAUAUAGAACUCGAUUGUCUCCACGAUGGAAUUGAUUUUUAUAGUUCGAUUACUCGUGCUCGUUUUGAAGAAUUAAACUCGUACUUCUUCCAAAAUGCGAUGGGACUGGUUGAAAAAGCGAUUCAAGAUGCCAGAAUUAGCAAAACUCAAAUUGAUCGCAUCGUUUUAGUAGGUGGUUCGUCUCGUAUUCCGAAAAUACAAAAAAUGCUACAAGAUUUCUUCGAUGGUAAAGAAUUAAACAAAACGAUUAAUCCGGACGAAGCUGUAGCCUAUGGAGCUGCCAUACAAGCUGCCAUACUGAACGGUGACUCAUCGAUAGUGGUACAAGAUGUAGUGUUAUUCGACGUCACACCAUUGUCAUUGGGCGUUGCCGUUAAUAAGGAAGGAUCCUUAACGGAAGAAGACGAUACAUACAUGAGUGUGAUCAUUAAACGUAAUACUGCGAUUCCAGCAAGGCAUACUCGUCAAGGUUACCGUACACUAGUUGAUAAUCAGACUGCGGCAGAUAUUGAAGUAUACGAAGGAGAGUGUACUUUAACCAAAUAUAAUCAUCUUUUGGGCCGAUUCACCCUCGAAGGUUUCCCUCCAGCGCCUGCCGGCGCAGCUGAAGCGGAUGUGACGUUUGAAAUCGAUGCUAACGGUGUUUUAAACGUGACAGCAAUCGGAAAAUCGAUUGGCAAUAUGAAUCAAAUCACUAUCGCAUACGAUAGAGGACGUCUCAGCAAGAGCGAGAUUCAACGUGUGAUCAGAGAGGCUGAAAAACGUCGAAUCAAAGAAGAAUACCGAAAGGCUUCAUUCUACGCUAAGAACUCUUUGGAAUCGUACUGCGUCGACUUGAAGAGCACUGUGCAAAAUCCCAUAUUCGGAGAUGAAAUCGACAAAUUCGAUAAAGAUCUGAUAUUAAAAAAAUGUGAAGAAACCAUUACUUGGAUAAAUUCAUUCCAGUCACCAAGAAAAGAACUUUUCGAACGUAAACAGAACGAGUUGAAAGGCAUAUUUGAUGUUAUUAUUUUUAUCGCAAGCACUCCCAAUAGAAGAAACGAAAAAUAUCGUCAAAUGUUGAACGUAGAGAAAGAUGCCUCACAAAGUGAAAUUGAGAAAGCUUUCAGGGAUAUUGCUUGUAAAUAUCACCCGGACAAGUAUCAGGGUGAUAAAGAACUUUCAAACGCCUAUUGGUUAUAUUUUGUAAAAGCAAAAAACGCCCUUAUUAGGAAAGUAAAAUGAAAAUUCGAUACCAGAGCAGGUGCAUGAAAAUCAGCGGAACCCGAAGUUCAAGAAUUCAUUUAUCUAUACUAUAAUUAUGUCUCCGAUUUCAAAGCCGUAGUUUUAAACUUUACGAUGAAUUCCGAAACUUGAAGUAUUCAAAAAAAGAAAGUUUUUUUUUAUGAUUUUUUUCCAGCGAAUUUCAAAGGUAAAUGAUUAUUAUAUUGCUCUUGUUUUAAUAUUACUGUAUUUUAUUUUUGUCGUUUUAAUGGAUGUUAAUUGACGCGGUUGUUGUGAUAAAGGUACCUGUACCUACUUUUGAUGUUACAUUUUUUCAAAUGUGUAGGUUAGGUAUACUAGGUAUUUCGUUUGUGUUUGUUAUUAUUUUUUUUUACGAUAUUUUGUGCUCAUAUUUGUAUAAGUAAGUCUAAAUCCUUCUGUAAGAAGAAAGUCAAGUUGAAUAAAAAAUGUUUUUUCCAAAAUUAGGCGAAAAUUGUACUAUACCUACUCGUAAUUUUUGCCGGCAGGAACUUCAUUGUUUACUUUUAUGUUAUCUUGAAAUGCAUACGUCCGCGUCCUGUAAAUUUUCUACGAAUAGGUAACUGACAGUCCAACUGGCUGAAACUGCUUUAAAGUUUAAAAAUCAAAUUCGGCUGGAAGUUUUGCGGCAUAAAAAAUUCAGUCAGUCAUUUGUAGAUAUAGAUCUAAAAUAUCAGAAAAGAGGUAUAUUGGAUUUUCACAGUGGCACAAUAGGACAGGAAGCGGGGUGGAGCCUAUUCACCCUGAAUUUUCAAAAUUGCCCAGUGCCAACAAUAACGACUUGGGACUUGCACAUUAAGGCAGAGAAGAAUUUCAAAAUCGCUCCCCCACCUCUAAUUUUGAGUGAAAAUGAACUGUUAUAAAAUUAUUCCAAAGUGACCUUGCAACCAAUCAAAAUGGUUUAGGAUUUCGCGAAAAAUUCAAAUAUUUUGAUGAAAAUGUUUUUUGAGCAUUUUUGAAGAAUUUUGGGGUUUUCGAAAACCUAAAAGUGUCAUUCGACCUAUCAAAAUGGGUUAAAGUUUUGCCAGCAAAUCAAAAUCUUCCAUCAAAACUUUUUUGAACACUUGGUGACUGGUGUUAGCAAAACUAGUUUAUCGGCUCGUGGUAGUCGUGGUCAUCAGUUUUUUUCAAAGUUGUGCCCAUUUUUGAAAAUGUAUGGAAAUUCUUGAAAUGUUUGAAUUUAUUGCGAAAUUUUCACCCAUUUCGAUACGUCGCAUGAUACCUUUUACAACAAUCUCAAAAGAU